AUGACUGUCGGACUGCAGUUCAUGUCAGACUUACAUCUGGAGCGCUUCGAAUACAAAUACGAUAUAUCUCCCGCUGCCUCUCAUCUAGCUCUGGUAGGAGAUAUUGGACGAUUUUGCGACUAUGACGAUUAUGCUGGUUUCCUGAAGAAACAGUGCCAGACCUUCGACCAGGUGCUUUUAGUUGCAGGGAACAACGAGUUCUACCGGCUAGCCCAGGAUCCAACUUUGCAAGGGAAGCUGGUCUUCUUGAAUCGGACUAGGAUUGAUCUUACGGGAUCCAACAUCACUGUACUAGGCUGCACCUUGCAUUCUCACAUCGAGCCUGGUCAUGACCAGCUGAACAAGGAUUUCGAACGCAUCAGAAACUGGACUGUCAAGGAUCACAAUAUGGAGCACGAGCUGGAUGUCGAAUGGUUGCGGUAUUCUCUUGAACAGAUUGCCGAGACAGAGCCUCAACGACAAGUUGUGAUACUCACUCACCAUGCGCCAUCCUUUCAGGAUACAUGCCAUCCUAGUCAUGAAAACAAUGCCGUAAGCCAGUGCUUCUGUAGCAACACUCUUGAGGCUUUCAAAGCGUGGAAAGGCAAGGAUCAAGUAAGCAACUGGGUAUUUGGUCAUACUCAUUGGAACGCUUGGUUCAUGUGUGGGAGUACCGUAGUGCAGAGUAAUUGUCUACCUAAUCGACCUCGUGAUCUGACUUGGUGGCGGAGACAUACGAUAUAUAGACCAUUCGACCCACAAGCAGUCAUUCAUAGCCGUAUGUUACGGUCUUGGACAGAUUGGUUAUUCAAUAUAUAACACUUAGCCCCACAUC